GAGACCUUUGUUUCCAUAUAAACAUAUGUAUUAAAAUUCAUUUUUUUCCUCCUAGGUGGAGUCAUUUAUUUUGGAUCAGGAUGAUUUGGAGAAUCCAAUGCUUGAGACAGCUUCAAAAUUGCUAUUGUCAAGUACUGCUGAUGGUGCUGAUCUCAGAACAGUAGAUCCAGAAACCCAAGCUAGAUUAGAAGCUUUACUAGAAGCUGCAGGAAUAGGUAAGUUAUCCACAGCUGAUGGUAAAGCCUUUGCAGAUCCUGAGGUGCUUCGCAGACUAACUUCCUCAGUCAGCUGUGCAUUGGAUGAAGCUGCUGCUGCACUUACCCGAAUGAGAGCUGAAAGCACAGCAAACUCAGGGCAGAUGGACAACCGCAGUUUGGCUGAAGCUUGUUCAGAAGGAGAUGUAAAUGCUGUGCGGAAGUUGCUUAUUGAAGGUCGGAGUGUGAACGAGCACACUGAAGAAGGAGAAAGUCUCCUUUGUUUAGCCUGUUCAGCUGGAUAUUAUGAACUUGCUCAGGUCCUCCUAGCAAUGCAUGCUAAUGUUGAAGACAGAGGUAUCAAGGGAGAUAUAACACCUUUAAUGGCUGCUGCUAAUGGAGGCCAUGUCAAAAUUGUUAAGUUGCUGCUAGCUCAUGGUGCUGAUGUCAAUGCACAGUCUUCAACAGGCAAUACAGCACUCACUUAUGCUUGUGCUGGAGGCUAUGUAGAUGUUGUGAAGGGCCUAUUAGAAUCUGGUGCUAGUAUCGAGGACCAUAAUGAAAACGGCCACACUCCUCUUAUGGAGGCAGGGAGUGCUGGACAUGUUGAAGUUGCCAGAGUUCUGUUAGAAAAUGGAGCUGGAAUCAAUACGCAUUCUAAUGAAUUUAAGGAGAGUGCGCUUACGCUGGCUUGUUAUAAAGGCCAUUUAGAAAUGGUGAGAUUUUUGCUGGAAGCUGGUGCAGAUCAGGAACAUAAAACAGAUGAAAUGCAUACUGCAUUAAUGGAGGCAUGCAUGGAUGGGCAUGUAGAAGUUGCUCGUUUACUUCUUGAUAGUGGUGCUCAAGUAAACAUGCCUGCUGAUUCCUUUGAAUCUCCAUUGACUUUAGCAGCCUGUGGUGGACAUGUAGAGCUGGCUGCAUUAUUAAUUGAGAGGGGGGCAAACUUAGAGGAAGUAAACGAUGAAGGAUAUACGCCAUUAAUGGAAGCCGCCCGAGAAGGUCAUGAGGAGAUGGUAGCAUUGCUUCUUGGUCAAGGAGCUAACAUCAAUGCUCAGACAGAAGAGACCCAAGAAACUGCCUUAACUUUAGCAUGCUGUGGUGGCUUUUUGGAAGUAGCUGACUUCCUAAUCAAAGCAGGAGCUGAUAUAGAACUUGGCUGUUCAACACCUUUAAUGGAAGCUGCUCAAGAGGGUCACUUGGAGCUAGUUAAAUAUUUAUUGGCUGCAGGAGCUAAUGUGCAUGCAACAACAGCAACGGGCGACACAGCACUUACAUAUGCGUGUGAAAAUGGUCAUACCGAUGUUGCAGAUGUGCUGCUUCAAGCAGAUGCUGAUUUGGAACAUGAAUCUGAAGGGGGAAGAACUCCAUUGAUGAAAGCUGCAAGAGCAGGCCAUGUCUGUACUGUUCAGUUCUUAAUUAGUAAAGGAGCAAAUGUGAACAGGACCACUGCUAACAAUGAUCAUACAGUAUUAUCGCUUGCCUGUGCUGGAGGCCACCUGGCUGUUGUGGAAUUGUUAUUAGCUCAUGGAGCUGAUCCUACACACAGACUAAAAGAUGGCUCAACCAUGCUAAUAGAAGCUGCUAAGGGGGGCCAUACAAGUGUAGUUUGUUAUCUGUUGGAUUAUCCUAACAACCUACUUUCUGCUCCUCCACCUGAAUCUACACAGUUGACUCCUCCAUCUCAUGAUUUAAAUAGGGCUCCUCGUGUACCAGUGCAGGCACUUCCCAUGGUAGUUCCACCUCAAGAGCCUGACAAACCUCCUGCUAAUGUUACCACCACCCUUCCCAUCAGAAACAAAGCCAUUUCCAAACAAAAGUCCAGCAGCCAUUUGCAGCCAUCCAAUCCAGAAGUACAAGGUUACAUCGCUAAUCAGUCUCCAGAAAGCAUUGUUGAGGAGGCUCAGGGCAAGCUGACAGAAUUAGAGCAAAGAAUAAAGGAAGCCAUAGAAAAGAAUGCACAGCUUCAGUCUUUGGAAUUGGCACAUGCUGAUCAGCUCACUAAGGAGAAGAUUGAGGAGCUGAACAAAACUAGAGAAGAACAAAUUCAGAAGAAGCAAAAGAUCUUAGAAGAGUUGCAGAAAGUAGAGCGAGAACUGCAACUGAAAACACAACAGCAAUUGAAAAAACAAUAUCUGGAAGUUAAAGCGCAGAGAAUUCAGUUGCAGCAGCAACAACAGUCUUGUCAGCAUUUGGGAAUAUUAACUCCUGUUGAGAUUGAAGACCAACUUACUGAAGAAGAUUAUGCCCGCAUACGACAGGUGGACCCAUACUUACUCACUGAUGAGCCUAUGCCAGCAGUAAAUCAGAUGGGUUUUGCUCCAGUACAGCCUCUAGCAAUGCCACAAGCUUUGCCUCUGUCUACAAGUUCUUUACCACCAGGUUCUAUGGCAAAUCUUUCAGAACUCCAAAGUGUUAUAGUUGGACAGCCAGUUCUGGGCCAAGCACAACUUACAGGGCUGGGACAAGGAAUUCUGGCAGAUGCACAGCAAGGGUUAAUGGUUGCCAGCCCUGCCCAAACCCUCAAUGACACACUGGAUGACAUCAUGGCAGCAGUGAGUGGAAGAGCAUCUGCAGUCUCAAAUACCCCUACCCACAGCAUUGCAACAUGUGUUUCCCAACCUCAGACACCUGCUCCUAGUCCUAUCAUUUCUCCUUCAACCCUGCUACCGGUUUAUCCUGCCAUUGAUAUUGAUGCACAGACUGAAAGUAACCAUGACACAGCACUGACUCUUGCUUGUGCUGGCGGACAUGAAGAACUAGUACAAACUCUUUUAGAGAGGGGAGCUAAUAUUGAACACAGGGACAAAAAGGGGUUUACUCCACUUAUUUUGGCUGCUACUGCAGGUCAUGUUGGUGUUGUAGAGAUUUUGUUAGAUAAUGGUGCAGAUAUUGAAGCUCAGUCUGAAAGGACCAAGGACACACCAUUAUCUCUAGCUUGCUCUGGAGGAAGACAAGAGGUGGUGGAACUUCUGUUAGCACGAGGUGCAAACAAAGAACACAGAAAUGUUUCCGAUUAUACACCUUUAAGUUUAGCUGCUUCUGGUGGGUAUGUGAACAUCAUCAAAAUACUGUUGAAUGCUGGUGCAGAGAUCAAUUCAAGAACUGGAAGCAAACUGGGCAUCUCUCCAUUAAUGUUGGCAGCCAUGAAUGGCCAUACUGCAGCUGUGAAAUUGCUCUUAGACAUGGGUUCUGAUAUUAACGCACAGAUAGAGACCAAUAGGAAUACUGCCUUGACGCUAGCCUGCUUCCAAGGAAGAACGGAAGUAGUUAGUCUUCUCCUUGAUAGAAAAGCUAAUGUUGAGCAUAGAGCUAAGACUGGACUGACACCGUUAAUGGAAGCUGCUUCUGGUGGCUAUGCUGAAGUAGGCAGAGUUCUUCUUGACAAAGGUGCUGAUGUCAAUGCCCCUCCAGUCCCUUCUUCAAGAGAUACAGCUUUAACCAUUGCAGCUGACAAAGGACACUACAAAUUCUGUGAACUGCUUAUUAGCAGGGGUGCUCACAUUGAUGUUCGUAACAAGAAAGGAAAUACUCCAUUAUGGCUUGCUGCAAAUGGUGGUCAUUUAGAUGUUGUCCAAUUAUUAGUACAAGCAGGAGCAGAUGUAGAUGCCGCUGAUAAUAGGAAAAUAACUCCUCUAAUGGCAGCCUUUCGAAAGGGUCAUGUGAAAGUUGUACGCUAUCUAGUAAAAGAAGUCAACCAGUUUCCAUCAGAUUCUGAAUGUAUGCGAUACAUAGCAACAGUUACUGACAAAGAAAUGUUGAAAAAGUGCCAUCUAUGUAUAGAAUCAAUUGUUCAAGCCAAAGACAGACAGGCCGCAGAAGCAAACAAAAAUGCAAGCAUUCUUUUGGAAGAGUUGGAUCUGGAAAAGUUAAGGGAAGAAAGUAGACGGCUAGCACUAGCUGCUAAAAGAGAGAAAAGAAAAGAAAAAAGAAGAAAGAAGAAAGAGGAGCAGAGGAGAAAGCUAGAAGAAAUUGAGGCAAAAAACAAAGAAAAUUUUGAAUUACAAGCUGCUCAAGAAAAGGAAAAAAACCUAAAAGCUGAAGAAGAGCCAGGAGUCCCAAUAGAACCCCCGAGUGCUACCACAACCACUACUAUAGGUAUAUCUGCAACAUGGACAACUUUGGCAGGUUCCCAUGGAAAAAGAAAUAAUGUUACUACAAGCAAUUCUAAGAGAAAAAGCAGGAAAAAUAAAAUCAACCAAGAUACAGUUCAAAUAAUGUUUGAUGAUCAGCUUCCAAUCUCCUACUCUCAACCAGAGAAAAUAAAUGGUGAAUCGAAAAGCAGCAGUACAAGUGAAAGUGGUGACAGUGACAACAUGAGGAUUUCCAGCUGUAGUGAUGAAAGCAGCAAUAGUAAUAACAGCCACAAAAGUGAUAGCAAUUCAUCCACAGCAGACAGUAAUGAUCAGAACAGCAAGAAGCAGCCAGCAGUGCUUGUUACAUUCCCAAAAGAAGAGCGAAAACCAAUGUCUAGCAAAUCUCCACUCAAAUUAUCAGAGAUUAUUGGUGAAGCACCUGCUAAUUCCUUAUCUACUUGCACAAAAUCUUGUCCAUCACCUCUCUCUUCUCCUAAUGGAAAAAUCAGCUUAGCUAGUCCUAAACGUGGUCAGAAGAGAGAAGAAGGAUGGAAAGAAGUAAUAAGAAGAUCAAAGAAGGUUUCUGUUCCAUCAACUGUUAUUUCCAGAGUAAUUGGGAGAGGUGGUUGUAACAUCAAUGCUAUUAGAGAAUUUACAGGAGCACACAUAGAUAUUGAUAAACAGAAAGAUAAAACAGGAGACAGAAUCAUAACAAUAAGGGGAGGCACAGAAUCAACACGACAAGCAACACAACUUAUAAAUGCUCUGAUUAAAGAUCCAGAUAAAGAAAUUGAUGAGCUCAUUCCAAAGAAUCGUUUGAAAAAUUCUGCAGCCUAUCCCAAAACAGGAACAUUAUCACAUUCAACCACUACAACAGUUCACGGUUCUGUAGCUGGGAACAAAGUCACCACUGUAGCAGUAUCAUCAUCAUCACCACCAUCAUCAUCAUCUCAGAUUGCUACAACAGCCUCUGUGCCUGCAAUGUCAUCAGCAUGUACCCAUAAAACACUGAAGAAUCCCAUGAACAAUGUUAGACCUGGAUUUCCAGUUUCUCUACCAUUAGCCUAUCCUCCUCCCCAAUUUGCACAUGCAUUGCUUGCUGCUCAGACUUUCCAACAGAUUCGUCCGCCAAGGUUGCCCAUGACCCAUUUCGGAGGAACAUUCCCACCAGCUCAAUCCACUUGGGGUCCUUUCCCUGUUAGACCUCUGAGCCCUGCAAGAGCAACUAACUCACCUAAGUCUCACACCGUGCCUCGCCAUAACAAUCAAAACAGCAGUGGUUGUCAAGUGAAUUCUGUGGGUUCCUUGACUUCUACUUCUACAGCUACCACAAGUUCGGUGGUGUCUACUGUGCCUGUUUCUUCUGCAAAUGGCAGUCCCAGUUCUCCCUCAGUGAGAAAACAACUAUUCGUCACUGUGGUGAAAACAUCCAGCACUACCACAACAAUUUCAACCACAGCAAGCAACAACAGCACAACAACAACAAAUGCCAUAUAUCCUUUUCCUACAGCCAAAGAGCAAUACCCAAUUUUAUCCACUUCCUCCCCUUCACCACCGGCCCAGUCAGCAAAGAUAUCUAGAAAUAGUCCUUCGGAAUGUACAAGAAAUUCUCCAAGCAAAAGGGUGUUAUCUUCUGACCAGGAAGUGGGUAGUUCACCAGUUGUGGAAAUGGUAAAUUUGGCCAAUAACAGGCAGUCAAAUAGUUCUGUUGGCAUUCCUUCAGAACAUCUGGGACAACCACAGUCUCUUGGGCCUCUUUCUCAAGAAGCAAGACCACCUCUACAGCCUCAGGUUCCAAUACAAGAUCCUCGUAUGGUUGUACCUCCAAAUUUAACAACCAUGAGUUCUUCUGCCCCAAUAGUUACUCCUGCUAAUGCUUCAGUGAACUCUCCAGCAAACUACCUUUUGUCUCAGGCAUCAGUAGGAUCUAUUCAGUCUUCUGCUCCAGCUAAAAUAGAAAAUGCCUCUGUCAGGCUAUCUUCCCAUGGAACCAAUCCUGUGCACAAGAAUUCAACUCCUCUUCAGAAUUCUACAGUUCCAGUCCUUAAUAUCACACACAUAAAAAGACCCCACAGUGUUCCUUCUUCAGUGCAAGUUCCUUCCACUUUAACUACUCAGAGUGUUUCUCAAAAUUCAGUCCAUCCCACAAAUAAAUCCAUGGCCACCAAUUUCAAUGCUGCUUUACCAUUUGGACCAUUUAACACACUAUUUGAGAAUAACCCUCCCUCAGCUCAUGCAUUCUGGGGUGGUUCUGUCUUGUCAUCUCAGACAACGCCGGAAUCCAUAUUGUCUGGAAAGUCUUCAUUUCUGUCAAAUUCAGAUCCAUUACAUCAAUUAGAUACUUCCAAAGCCCCAGGGUUUAGACCUCCACUGCAGAGACCAGCUCCAAAUCCCUCAGGUAUUGUUGGUCUGGAUUCACCUUAUGGUUCUAUUACACCUUCUUCUGCACAUUUGGGUAACUUUGCCUCAAAUCUUUCAAGUGGCCAAGUAUAUGCUUCAGGAACUGCAUUGGGUGGAGCACCAACAGCUGCUAAUUUUAAUAGACAGCAUUUUUCCCCACUCAACUUACUGCCUUCAUGUUCCUCUGCAUCAAACGAGCCAUCUCCUCAACCAAUGACUGCUGGAGUGAGAGCACCAUCUCCAACCCCUUCAGCUGUUUCCAUUGGGUCAGAAAAGUCCAGCAAUAUAUCUCAAGAUAGGAAGGUUCCUGUUCCAAUUGGAACUGAGCGUUCUGCACGUAUCAGGCAAACAGGAACAUCUACACCUGCUGUUAUAGGGAGUAACUUAGCUGCUCCAGUUGGUCAUAGUGGUAUAUGGUCUUUUGAAGGACUAGGAGGAAAUCAAGGUGAUAAAGUAGAUUGGUGUCACAGUGGAAUGGGAAACCAUAUGAUUCACCGGCCAAUGUCUGAUCCAGGAGUAUUCUCACAUCAGUCAAUGGAGAGAGACAGCACAGGAAUUGUAACACCUUCUGGUACAUUCCAUCAGCACGUUCCUGCAGGAUACAUGGACUUCCCUAAAGUUGGGGGCAUGCCCUUUUCGGUGUAUGGGAAUGCAAUGAUUCCUCCUGUUGCACCCAUAGCUGAUGGUACUGGUGGGCCCAUAUUUAAUGGGCCUCAUGCUGGUGACCCAACUUGGAAUUCGUUGAUAAAGAUGGUUUCAAAUUCUGCAGAGACUAAUGGCCCCCAGACAGUUUGGACAGGAACAUGGGCACCACAUAUAAGCAGUGUGCAUAUGAACCAGCUUGGUUAAAUGCAGAUCACCUUCAAUAGCUUGAAGACUUUUUUUGUUUUGGCUUUGAGGAGACUACAGAUGGCAAAAACAGUUCUCCUCAGCUUUCAAAUUAUUUUUUGGUUGUAUUGGACUGAAGCGUGUAGGCUUUUCAGAAGAACAUACUGACACUUCUCUGUGAACAUUAUGACUGCCCAUUGCCUUCCAGAUGUGAUUCAUCUUAGCCUCUUAGUUUCAUUUUCUUUCACUCUUGAUUUUAAUUUUGGACAUAACUUUAUGUUGAGGCUGUUCUUUGGUUGGUUGAUUUUUAGUACUGUAAACUGCUUUUGGGCAUACACAGAAAUUUAGCAAAAUUAUGUAAACUUGAUCCUGAUGUUUUAGAAUGGCAGAUAAAUGUACAAUUGUUUACAUAACAGAAAUGGAUAGCAAAAGGCAAAUCUUUCCGGUAUGUCAGUAUAGAGGCUCAACUUUAAUGUGACAGAUGUAUCUUCAUAUACAGCAGUCUGGAUGUUUUCUUCAUACAUUAAAAUAUUAAUAAAGAUUACUUUUCUAGUUGUUUAAUUUUAAAUAUUCAUAAAAUGGGCAUUAUUUGAGUUUUUUCCAUAACCUUAUGUUUAUACAGUGAGAUUUGAUAUUUAUUCAUUAUAAAUUUAAUUUUAUAAAUUGAAUAGGACAUUUAUGCAAAAUUCUUCCCCAACUACUCUAUAAAUGUUGAAUACAAAAAUACACACAGAUCCUUAAUCAUUAUGUUAAAGCACUUCCAAAGCUCCCCCCUUCAAUAUUAACGCAUUUCUAUGUUAAGAUAUAGUCUAACCAGAUUAUUACAAAGAUGGGUUAAUAAAAUUACUGUCUGCAACUAGUUUGAAAAUACUCCUUAGUUUUAUAUUGUCUAUUAGUUACUGGCAAGGGAUUUUUUAAAAAAUCAGUCGGAAUGAAUUGGCCAUUGUUUUCUGCUAUAGAAAUGGCUUGAAUUUAGAAGACACUGAAUUAUCAUGCCAUUCAAUAAUCUAUUCUGAAAUUAAGAGGCCAUAUCUUAAUGUAAUGUGACUCUGGAUUACUUCCACUGCCUAAAAGGAAACAAUACUAAUUGGCAAAUAAUCUAUUCCAGUCUAGAAGAUUUUAUAAGUACCUGUGACAAAUGGUGACAAUUAAUUAUAAUUGUUACCAUCUGUCCCAAGUACUUCUAAAAUCUAAAUAACUGGUAUGUUUCUGAAUAUGUGAUAUGUAUAUUUAAAUUUUAUAAACUAUCCUCCUCAUAGCAAGUAUUGCAUGUGAGAAUACAAAGAGGCCUGUCUCUAUUCUUUGCUAGUUGAAAGAAAUGAACUGUGUUUCAGUAGCAGUUGUUUCUCAUAUGCAAGUUUCUACGUAUCAUUUCAGAAGUAAGUGCCAUUCAAUUUAGUGGGGCUUACUCCUACAGAAAUAAUAGUGUUAGUGGUUCAACACAAGAGUUACACAAGUGAAAUUAAGAUUACUUAGACCAGUUGUUUUUAAUAAAUUCUAAAAUGCUGUUUCAGGUAUAAAGCCAGCAAGAAAAAUCACUUUCCCAAAGAAUCCUGCAGCCUUGUUAAUGCACAUUUAAAAAUGUUGAAAGACUCAUGAAUAAAUAAGUUUGUCUGUGUAAUGCCCUCUAUUGGUGCUCUUAAAAUAACCUUUCCAUUAUCUUUUAUUAUAUGUAAUGAAAUAUUUAGAAUUGGUUGUAGCAAAAAGAAUGUCUAACCAAAUAGCUGUUGAUGGAAAGGAGAAAAACAUACCAACCUAAUUUUCAGCACUUUAAUGGGUGGGGGAAUAAUGCUAUUUAACUUUUAUAUAAUAUUUGCAACUAUCUUUAGUUUAUGCUUACUACAGCUAAUUAGGAUUAUUUUUUGCUUCUUUAAAUAAUCCUUCAGCAGAGUAGUUGCUGCUUAGUAUUUAUUACAAUAAAAUAUAUUGUCAGGUUCAGCUAAGUUUCCUCGGAUGUGGUUUCUUAUUAAAGUGAUCUGUAUUUUGUUGACUUGAAAGCAAAAAUAUUAAUA